UCUCUCAACCUGUUGCGGGUAGCAUCUUGGAGAAGACGACUACUAACUACAGGUCCUUAACCGUUUUCUCCACCAAACUAAUGGCGACGGUAUGGGCUACGACGACAGAGAUCAUCUUCGAGUACACAGGGUUAUCGGCGACGGCGUUCUUCACCAUUGUAGUAAUGAUGCUGGUGACUUACAAAGUGGUUUGUUCCAUGUUCCUCUCUGCUGAUGACUUUGUCCCUGUGAAAAAACAGUCUCUCAAUCUCGGCGACAUGACGGAAGAGGAACUUAGGGCUUAUAAUGGUUCUGACUCAGAAAAACCUUUGUUGAUGGCUAUUAGAGGACAGAUCUACGACGUCUCUACCUCCAAGAUGUUCUAUGGUCCUGGUAGUUCAUAUGCAAUGUUUGCUGGACGAGAUGCAAGCCGAGCCUUGGCUCUGUUAUCAUUCAAACCUGAAGAUAUUAAUGGAAACCUUGAAGGCCUUGAGGAUGCUGAACUUCAAAUUCUGCUAGACUGGGAAUGCAAAUUUAUGGAGAAGUACGACCGAAUGGGGCAGCUUGUUCCAAAGAAAAUACUAACCUAGAAUAUAGAAGAUGCAAGUACUUGUGGGAUUGAAGAAGUGCUGAAGGCAACGAAAACAGAUAUGUUGCAGGAGAGUAAAGGUUUUUGAAGAAUAUGGAGUACAGCAAGACAGCCACCUAUGACUGCAAAUUCUUGCUGCUCUAUCUGUACAGUCUUCAAAUCAGAAAAAAAUGCGAUGUAAGUAGUUUGUGCUUUCUUUAGUGGACACCUCCAAAAAGUAUGUGCUUAUAGAUUCAAAUGUGUUAAGACUGAGUCAUUUUAAAGAAUUGAUCACCUCAUAUCCAACAGUUUGCAAGCAGAAAAUCCUUUGCGAGUUUCUUCAAGAAGAGGUAUGUAUCAGUCACUUAGAUUUCAUUAAUAGAUGAGACAAUGGAUCAAAACCCUCCUAAACUAUCACAUUUAUAUUAGUUUCAUACUUAAA